CUGACCUAACUUGAUGAAAGUCACAGAUUCAAUAUCAUGCAGGAUCGAUAAUCUAACCUGACCAGAAUCAUCUGUCUAAGUAUGUUAAUUAGUUCGCUCUUCUUGUUGAAUCAAGUGGAUGCAUAUCGUUUAAAAAAUGUCUUACGAUCAACAACAACAAGAUGAGUUACUUAAUAUUUAUAUCCGAGCUGUCAUAAAGUAUAACCUUGAGUAUGUACUGACAAUGAUGAGCAAGAACUUAGCACUUGCGAAGACAUGAAGAGCUUGAUCGACGACAACAAGAAGCGGUCGCUAACACCCGCAUGCGCGGCGCUCUUGUUAAUAGUCGAUGCUCUUCAGCAGGCUCACCCGGUAUCCGGCAAAAAGUCCUUAAAAAAUGAUAAUCCGAAAGUGCAAAAUCUACUCAGACGAGGCAUACCCAAAGGGCGGUUGCAGCAAAAACAGCACGAACCUUCUAUGCAACAGCAUGAGGACUCAACGUUCCUUUACAACAACUACACAGCGGUUGGAGCAGGAAGAGGUGACAACUUAGAUCGUGUACCUGAAGAGCUUGUCAUGCCUACUACUAAAACUUCCGAAGAUAACUUCUCUGCCGUUCUCAGUUCAACUCGUACUACGCUAGAUCAUGUUCAACAUGAUUCUAGUAGUACUUCUUCUAGUAGGGUUUCUUCUACUACUAGUAGUACUUCUUCUAGUAGUACUCCUCCUAGGAGAUCUAGACUUCGGUAUGGGAAUAUGCGGAGCUCGCUUGCUCUCAAGAAGGGACAUGAGCAUGACGAUGAAGAGCAGUCUAUCAGAGAUUAAGGGAUCCAGUAUACACAAACUUUAACAUUAUUUAAUUUCUUUUUUUACAACAUGACGUUUGUAACAUUCAUGAGGUUCGCAAUUCUUGAACGCCUUAACUCAUGCAUUUUUCAAGAUAGAAGGGGCAGGCAUGAUGUAUGAAAGUCAGCAGUCAUCUAUUCCAAAAAGGUCAGACGUCUCUUCAUCUUCUCCAAAAAGUCGUGAAGUCGUCUCUGAUAGAUUGAACGAUUUGCUGAUAUGCCACUCAGACGUCUAGGAUUGAGCCCAAUGAGUCGUGAAAAGGAUGGGUAAUAUGGAAUUGGCUAACUUCUAACAAAAACAAGGCCAACGGGAAAGCAGGAAAACGAUGAUUGAGGCGUGGACAGAAUGGAAGGACUUGAUUUGGAAGGGUAAAUUUCAGUACAAAGAAGUCAUGAUAUGAAAUUUGUACGCUUUGUACGCAUCUACCACGCUAGUGUCAACAGAGUUAGUGUACACAGAGCCUUCCAGAGGACCUACGACGUUGUCGUUCUUUGUUUCAUACGACAACUUCGCCUGCUACGUACUCCUAUGAUAAUACCCCUAUAGUUAUAAUACCCCUAUAUUAAUCUUGUUUAUAUUAAACUGCAUCAAAGCAUCUUCUGGCGCGGCUUUUUCCUUGUUGAAAAUAGCAUACCUCCUCAGGUACUGCUGCAGCGCUGCGGCACGGGGCUGAAUUUGUUCUUAAGGCUAUUUAAUUUGAAUUAAAGGGUUCUGAAGAAGGAGACACAGCUUCUAGCUCGACUUCAUGUAUAAGGGGUUAGUAGUUUAGUUAAGUUCUACUCUGCAGGCUAUUAAUUUGUUCUUUUACAUCGUCUCCUUCCUCUUCUCCUAUUUUUGCUCUCGUAUAGGUAUAAUCGAUCUGCUAGGGAAAGGGGCGUGUGAAUAUUAUCAACGUGGCUUCAUACCUUUCCCAGCACGUCAGGCUUUCAGUUUCAAUGUACUAGCGGAUGGGUGUAGCUCUAAUAUUUUGACGCCUUCUGUUUAUUUUGGUAGUCAUCUUCGAAAUCGCAACGAUACUAGUAUUCUCAAGAACGCCGGCACCAGUACAGCGUUGCGCGGGGCAGCGGUGUACACGUCCGAAAGACCAACUAGUAGCUCAGCAAGUUCACGCAAAAGCCCUACAUAUUCUACUUCGUCUGAUACAAUAGUGGGUCUUGAUACAGAAGCUUCUCCACAUAAAAACAAGACGACGGCUGAUGCAAUAAGACAACAAGUUCACUGCGGAAGUUCUUGGAGUAGAUACGUUUCACCACUACAUGCUCUGGAAGGAGAGUGUGCUUCGACUGCGUCACAAGUGGAUGCAAUUAGUAGUGCAAAUAGUAGCAUGAAUGGUAGUACUGAUAAUAGUACGAAUUAUUGUAGUACUGAUAAUAGUACGAAUUAUAGUAGUGCGAAUAGUAGUACUUCUUCUGCGACGAAAUCAAAAGCCGCGCUAUCAUCAUACGAAGAACAAGUUCAUCUCGCUGAUGAUGUUGAAGAUGAUGUGGUUACUGGUUUUUUUACUUCUUCUUCAAGAGAUCAUGGUAGAACAGAAAAUUAUCUUCUUUCUGAUCCUGAUCCUGAUCUUCGCACCACCUUCAAGAAUAUCAUUAAGGCAGCGCAGGGUGCAUCCUCAGUAUCAUCCUUGGCGUCCUAUCCUUUCCAACUCGGAAAAGAGGUCUCCAAGGAUGGUGGUCCCAGGAAUGGAUGCAACUGCGGUAGCCCUAACGUCAGCGCUGCUUUUGUUAGGGAGGUGGUGGAUGAGGAGGUUGGGCGCGAAGGAGGCAACACGACUGAAGGGGGCAACUCGUCUAGUGGAAACACUCACCUGCUCACAGGUACUCUUUUUGAUUCUCUACCCGAAAUAAGUUCGUUGGUCACACAAGAUUUUUCCGAAGAGAACUUCCGAAGAUCGGACUCAUUAGGAAGGAUCUAGAAGUCUAAGUACGCGCAACAAGCGCAACAGAGGACGAGAAGCUGGAUACAAGUAACAAUAAAACAAUAUUCUUAACACCAGAUGAUGAACUGGGGAUGCUGUCGGAAGGAGAGCAAGCACUAGAGGAUGGCGCGCCAAAUAACCAUGACAUUUCCGAGAGUAGUAGAAUAAGGAGGAAUGCUACUGGGACGAAGCUGGACCAAGUGGCAUUGGAAAUAGAAAUGGAAACUUCUUCUAGUAUUAUGGUCGUCUUUUUCUUUUAUUCAGGUCUUCAUUCAUCGUUUUGACAGACUUUUCCUAUGUAUUCCAAUGAAAGACAAGGAAAACGGGGUCAAGAUGUGGGGGCCCGAUGAAUAGUGGCCGACUCUAAUGCUAACGCUACCUCUUCGUCCUCAUUUGCGGUGCCGGGUCGUCCUGUCCACAUGGCAGCGAGAAAAGAUGAUGGGAAUGAGAAUACUACGAAUAGAAUUUUACUGGUGGAAGUCGCAGCACUAGAAUCCUCCACCGCGAAUGAGUAUGAGAUGCAUCCUCUAGUUGGGGCGCCUCAAGUGGCUGCCUCUUAUUCUUCUCCUGCUGCUAGCGGUUGCGGUUCAACAGGAGCAUUUGGUCAGCAACAUGAUGAAUUUUCGACCAGUUCCAGCACUUCUGAAAGAAAUGCAACGACGAGUCUCUUUCGUUUGUGUGUGGGCGAUGUAGUGCCCGAAGAGGAACAUGCAGCCACAACUGCUUCUAACACCACAGUGCCGCUAACACGACUGCCAGGAGAUGGCGACGCAGUAAAAACUUCAAGCGAUUCUACCGCAGUAUCUUCAUCAAGUAGCGAUGAUGUCGCGACCUCCUUUGCCGGAGGCUGGUCAACCUCCUCUGUGGGAGAUUGCUGGAGUUCAACCUUCUUGGCCCCGUCUGCCGUGGCUCGUUCGACGACCUUUUUGCAAAUUGAGUCCCCCUCUGACGAGGACUCGUCCUCUACGGAGAUUGGUGGGACAGACGAUUCGAGCGAUCUUCUGUGUGGCUGUGACAUCGUCACAGCUACUCCUUAUACGGCUACAAGAAAUCCAUCGUCGCAGGCAUCUUGGUCCCGCUUUUACAGGGAAAAGGGGACCCAAGAUGCUGCUGAGGAUGGGCGUCUCUUUCAGGGUUCUAAUCCUUCUGAAGAUGAUCAUAGCACUUAAGGCUUAUUUAAUACCUUAGAUGUCAUUUGAAAGAGUUAGAUGCAUUCUUUAAUACCUUGGAUGAAUUUCAGAAAUGAUUCAUUUGAAAAGGUAUCUUUGACGUCCAUCUUACAAGGGAAGAGUGGUCAAAGACACAGAUGCGCUUCAAGAUGAAGAGGGUGAAGUUCUAAAGUACCAAGGAACUACGAGCAGGAGCCCCCGAACGGCCCGCAGCGAUGGAGAGGAGAGGCAAAAAAGCGGCAACAAAACACGGGAGUAACGUUAAGAACACCAACAUUAUAACAUCACAUAUUAAUUAUCCGAUAUUGGUUACAGAUAUAGUUUUCCUGUCGCUUGCCCUAAUACUUCUCACUGCUUCUUCGCCUCUGUUAAGGAUCUUAGCUGCAAGUCAUUAGUCUUCCCUUCAUGUAGGCUCAGUAGAGAAAACUUUCUCUGCGACUCAUCUCAUGUAGCGUUCUCUGCUUGCUUCUCUUCUCCUUUAUUUCCUAGUGCUCUCUGGCACUUACCUCACGCUUACCACGUUAUUACCCAUAGAUACAUCUGGUAGUGCUGCAAAGAUACUAGUAGAAGUGAUUACAGUGCAUAUCUAUAUCAGAUGAUAGAAUUUGUCUAGAAGCACUGGAUGUGGUCUCCGUAAGAAUAGAAGCAGCAGCAAAAGUUUGGGUUAUUUAUUUAAGCUUGCAGAAUCACCUCGCAUGAAGUCGAAGUCGAGGCUCCCUAUCCUAUCCUGUCCUAUCCUAUCCUACCCCGCCCCGGCUUCCGAUGCCUUUAGUAACAAACGCUUUUCUGCGAGAGUAUCAAUCAGUACACCUGUGCAGUAUGGCUGACGUGUUCCUUAGCUCUAAAGCACGAGGACAACUAGGAAGCGGAAAUAUCGCGGGAGGAGCGAAAGCCACCCCCCUUGCCAAAGCAGCCGCGUCGGCUAAAUCUAAAAAGCAGAGCGCAGACGAGCAAGAGCAGGAGCAACACAAGCAGCGAGAGCUACAGGAUCAGCAGAAGCAGCAAGAGCGGCAGCAGCAAGAGCGACGGCAGCAUCAAGAGCAGCAGCGGCUGGAGCAGGAGCAGGCGCGAGCUGCAGAGGAGGCGCGUGUGGCGGAGGAGCAAAGAGUGGCAGCUGCAGCAGCUUUGGCGCAAGCACAAGAGCAGCAGCGGCUGCGCCUCGAGCAGGAGCAAGCACAAAUGGCAGAGGAUCAAAAGGCGGCAGCUGCAGCGGCUCUGGCGCGAGAACAGGAACAGGAGCGGCUAGAGCUAGAGCGACAGCAGGAAGAGCAGCAGCGGCUAGAAGAGCUGAAGCGACAGCGGCAAGAGGAGAAGCGGCGAGAGCUAGAGCGGCAGCAGGAGUUGCUGGCCCAGGAGCAGCAGCAGCAGCAGCAGGAGCUGCAUCGACAGCACGAGUUGCAGAGACAGCUUGCACAACUCAACUGCGAACCCGCACAUAACUGCAUCGCCGGGGACGGCGUUACGGAUGUUGGCAGAAGUGUUUGCACUAAGGAUUCGCGUUACGGCACCGAGGUACGACAAGCCCUGCCUCCGGGUGCUACGUGUAGUGAUAUCACUAGCGGCUUCCUAGUGAGGAGCAAGUUUCUGGAAAACGACCAAGCUACGCUACAAAAGCUCAGUAAGGUUGACGAGAACGAAGAAUGUUGCAUGGAAAAGCGCAAGAAAAAACAAUUAAGGCGCAUGCUGACUACAACGCCCCAUUUCCAUUAUAUAUAGAGAAGAGACAUAACAAACUAUGAUCAGCAGGGUCCCCAGAGAGUAGAGGGUCUUUUAUAAUGAGCUUUACACUGACUGUAGUCUCAUGUGUCAGUUGAAAACAUGGAAUUCCGGGAUUCUGGGGCUGUUCCCUCAUGAAUGCUCCAAAGUUCAUGAUUUAGGAUAGAAUUUGAAGAGCUGUAGGGAUAGGGUUCUUGUUGAGAUUUCUGACUACUUAGUCUUCUAAAGUUCUAUCUCUUCAAUGAUCUACAUUUUUUUAGUAGUUCUAAGCCACAAAACGAAGCAGGAGAAGCAGGAGUCGGAGUCGGAGUUGGAUGACGUUCGUGAUGAUCCGAACGGGUGGAAUAUUGAGGCUAAAAAAGGUCGACUACCCAAGAAUGAGCCCGACCAAGAGCUGCAGCAGAGGCAGCGAGAGCAGCAGAAGCAGCAAGAGCUGCAGCGGCUGGCUCAAGAGCAGGCGCAAGCUGCAGAAAAUGCGCGUCUGGCGGAGAAACAAAGAGUGGCAGCUGCAGCAGCUUUAGAGCAGCAGCAGCAGCAACAGGAGCAGCAGCAGCAGGAGCAGGAGCAGGACAAAUUGGCAAGGUUGA